GAGACUUCAACAACAGACCAGACUAUUUUCUGCAUAAACCUUCCAGGUUUUUAACCUUUGGUAAAAUGAAGAUCCUGAUUGUGAUAGUUGUGACCUUACACCUGGUCAUUGGAGCAACUAAGAAUGAACUACAAUAUGGUGACAUCAUUGCCACGGCUCGUGGCUCCAGAUUUACUUACAAGCACUAUGGUAUUUAUCUGGAUAAAAAGAGAUUCAAAGACCAAACUGCAGAUGACAACAUAUUCCACUUUAUAGGUUUUCGUAGAAAAGCACCCUUGGGUGGCUGCAUCUUUGAUAAAGUUGAUCUCAAAGAUUAUGAGAAGGAUAAUUAUCUGGACAAAAUAGAAAACUACAAAAACAAAGUAUCGACAGAUGAAAUAACAAAGCGAAUUGAAGAGAAGUAUAAAAGCUGUGGGAAAGACCCAAAAACCGAUAUUUGGGAAGCCUUCUCCAACAACUGCGAACAUCUGGCUAAUUACAUACGAUACGGAGAGAAAAUUUCACUGCAGAUUGGCCAGAAAGCAGCAGCUUUGGUGCGCAACCCCAAGAAAACCAAGGAUGAAAUAAAUCAAAUAAAACAACAAUUGAAAGGAUCGGAGGUUGCAUGUGAUGACACUUGCAAAAAACAAGGAACUGAAAUUAUGAAGCAGGAUCCAGAUGUUGAGAACAGCGCCAACACAAAGACGGGCUAAAAGAGCUGAUUUCAACAAUCUUUCUGUUGUUCUUUAC